AUUUAAGGUGGACCGUGGAAUUCUCCUCAGCCUCGUCAGCGCGAGCUGUUCCGCUGGGGGAUGGAAAAGCGGGAAAGAGAAUAGGAGAGGCCAUUGUUCUAGUCGGGUUAGCAUUAGCAUUAGCAGCGGAGCCGUAACUGCGGGUCGACAGUCCCGUAUUAGACCGAUUAGACCCCGGACUCGGCGGAGACACGGCGGAGACUCGGGCCCACGGUACUGUACUCGGGCAGAACCCUCCUUAAGAGCAGUAACAUCAUGGUGAAAGACGCGAACAGGCCGAAAGGCAGGACCUCUGCGUACGCGUUCUUCGUCCUGUCCUGCAGGGAUGAGCUCAAAAAGAAAAGCCCCACCACUCCAGUGAACUUCAGCAAGUUCUCCAAGAGCUGCUCGGAACAGUGGAAGGCUCUGAGUCCAUCAGAGAAGAAGAAGUUUGAGGACCUGGCGAAGGCUGACAAGGCUCGCUACGACGAGGAGAUGAGGCACUACGUCCCCCCAAAGGGCAUGGGCAAGAAGCAGAGGAAGAAGAAGGACCCCAACGCUCCCAAACGGCCCCCGUCAGCGUUUUUUAUCUUCUGUUCUGAACACAGACCCACGGUGAAAAGCGAGUACCCCAACUUGUCUAUCGGCGAAAUCGCCAAAAAGCUGGGAGAGAUGUGGUCCAAGCUGGGCACGAAGGACCGCGCGCCCUUCGAUCAGAAGGCCGUCCAGCUACGUGGGAAGUAUGAGAAGGAUGUCGCCGCGUACCGCGCUGGAGGCGGAGCUCCUAAAAGAGGACCCGGCCGACCCACAGGCUCCACCAAGAAAGCCCAGGCAGACCCUGACGACGACGAGGAUGACGACGAUGAGGACGAAGACGAGGAGGACGAGGACGAAGAGGAGGAGGAUGAAGAUGAUGACGACAAGUAGAGGGGGGCUCGCGUGUUGGCUCUGCUGCGUUUCUGCAGGCUUACCUAGCCGGGCGGAGCUUUUAGAGUGUGUGCUGGUUGGGUUAUUAUUCUUGCUGUCCAUCGUUUCAGGAUCUGUGUACAGUCGUGUGGGAAGUUCUGUUUCUGUUUUAUUCUCAUUUUUUUAAAACUCUAAAACAGUGUAAGCAAUAACUUUGAAACGAAGCGGUUUUGAUUUCUUUAUUUUUAUAAGAGUUUUUGUUUCGGAAAUGUGUAGAGUACUCGUCUCUUCUUUUGUUUUUGGUUUUUUUAAUAAUAAAGCUGUGUUCUUAUGCACUCUUCA